ACUGGUUUUGGAUGGGUUUUUCUUGCUCGCGAGCGCGGGUUGACGCAGUGAAAAAUCUGGAGCAUAAUUUAGUUAGCAUACAACAGUCGUCGCAGGCGCGUACUUUCGGCGGACUCCGUUUGGUGCGAUACCAAUUGUGUUUAUUAGUCUCUCCAAAAAACCAUCCCAAAUCCUGAUGUGCUUAAGCGUCGAGGAGCGCUGCGAGUACUAGUGCAUGACAGGACCUCACCAGCCAGAUUCGUGAUAUCGUGGAUUUUUUCGGGUAUUGGGUUCAUUUUUUUUCCUUGUAUCGGUAGGAGCACCCCGAUAGAAUAAAUCAACAACGAAGAUUUGUUUUGCUGCCGAUGGUGUGCAAAAAAUAUGUGGGCAGACAGGUUGUGAGCACCGCGAGGAACGUCAAGAAUCGAUUUAAUGUUUUUGUUUACGAGGUCCCAGAUGGGACAAAAAGCGCAGUGUGGUGAGAGCGCCUUUAAGUUCGGGGAAAUUAUGUGAGAAACCCCAAAGUGGAAAAAGGUUAGGUUGAAGGAAGAAAAUAAAAACUAGCAGACAGAGCUGGAAGGAAACUCUCCUUGCCUAAAAAAGGGAUCCGGUGGUAUUGUGGCUCCGUUGAAGUUCUGAACGGCGAAAGUCACUAGGAACCCGUAUGUGUCACUGUCAAUAUUUGGCCUCUAUGGGUGACCGGGAGAGAAGCGGAAGAAAGCCGUAGUGUGGAAGACAAAAUAUUUGCUGGCACUAAGCGAGAGCAAACAUAAAAGGAAAAUUGAAGUUCUGGCCGAAUCGAGCCUAUGUGUGUGGCAUACAGCCAUCCUGAAGAAGCACAGUGAAUCCUUUCCCGUGAGGCGCCGAGGUGAAGAAUCAAAUGUAACGUUGAAGAAAAGUUAGACAUAACCUGCCGAAAAAUUGAAGGUGAAAAUUUAACCGCAAGCCAAAGUUGAGGAGAAAAAAAACAAAAGUUUACGAUUUUUUGGCGCUUAUUUACUGCGGGUUUUGUGUGUGCGGAUUUUUUUCGGAGGAUUUGUGAAGGAUCAGCAGACCUGACAACGGUGAGGAAAAUCACGCUGCGGAAGAAAAAGUUACAGAGUGAGGUUCUGGAACGAAGCGUCAGGAUGGAAAGAAAUUAGAAUACCAAAGCGCUACGGAUUUUUUGCCAUGUGGAAAAGUUAACCCGGUUUUGGUGGACCUGCGACACGCAACGAAGAUUUUGCAGCAAAAAAGUGUAACUGUGCCAAACGAAAUUGAAGCACUGGUGACAGCAGCAAGUGCCAAUGAAUGUAAUAAUACGCCAGAAUUAUAAGUGAGAUUUACAAGUGUGUGGAGUGUGAGAAAAAAUACCAGGAUAUCCAGUCCAUUCAAUCCCUGUGCAUGUUGGGAGUUGUAACGUGUCUUAGCUACGACCAACCAAAUGAUUGGAUAAUUGAAUUCGGUUCGAAGAAGAUUACGGUCAACCGAAUCCAUCCAAGACUGACCGGAAGGGUCUGCCGGAAAAAGGAAAAACAUACUUCGGAGCGGCAAAUCCCUGUCUAGAAGCGAUUGACGUUGAGAUUCGCGCCACACUCAAUCAACAUCCCGCCAAACGUAUUCGAGAAUGAUGUUCUACAAUCGGUAGCAGCCAAGGAAGACCAAUGAAGCAUCAAGCUAAAGUCACACGCCUAAUUACUAACAUCGACUCACAACAUCACGCACAAACCGAGAACUGAUUCUCACAGAACAUACCAAAAACAAAAACGAAUCUCACCUUCGAAAUCACCAAAAAAAAAACGAAUAGAAAAAUGAAAACUACUCUCAUACGACAGCUGCUGCUGGUUGCGUCGCUUUUGAUCGCAACUAGUACAGCGGCUAAACUGGCCUAUUCCUCCGGGCCCCAGCGAUUUGCCAUGGAACCUCAGGACCAGACGGCGAUCGUGGGUUCCAAGGUGACGCUACCGUGCCGAGUGGAGGCAAAAUCUGGCCAACUCCAGUGGACCAAGGACGAUUUUGGGCUCGGCUGGCACCGGAACCUUAGUGGGUUCGAUCGGUACUCCAUGAUCGGGAGCGACGAGGAAGGUGACUUCUCACUGGAAAUCUACCCGGUGAUGUUGGACGACGAGGCGCGCUACCAAUGCCAAGUGAGCCCCGGCAAGGACGGAACUCCUGGCAUACGGUCCCGCUUUGCCUCGAUCACCGUUCUGGUGCCACCGGAAACGCCGAAAAUUAUCCAGGGUGACUUUCUGGUCACAACCGAGGAUCGCGAGAUCGAGCUGGAGUGUGUCUCCGUCGGUGGAAAACCAGCUGCCGAGAUCACUUGGAUUGACGGUCUAGGGAACGUCAUGACCAAGGGCAUCGAGUACGUCAAGGAACCGCUCACGGAUACGGGUCGAUACACGGCCAAAUCGAUCCUGAAGUUGACCCCGAAGAAGGAGCAUCACAACACUUCAUUCACCUGCCAGGCUCAGAACACGGCAGAUCGAACGCAUCGAUCGGUAAAGCUGAAGCUGGAGGUUAAGUACGCUCCCAAAGUUAGCGUUUCCGUCAUCGGUGGUGCUCUGGCUGGAGGAAGAAUUCCUGAAGGUGCCGAGGUGCGCCUGUCCUGCCACGCCGACGCCAAUCCCAACGACGUCAGCUACAAGUGGUACAUUGGCGACGAACUGGUUGUGGGUGAUUACACCACGGAAAUGAUUAUUCACAACGUAUCGAAAAAGUUCCACGACGCCGUCGUCAAGUGUGAGGUGCACAAUGCAGUGGGUAAAAGCGAGGAGAGCGAAAUUCUGGACAUUAGCUACGGGCCGACCUUCCGAUCGCGACCCAAGUCGGCCAACGCAGAUCUUGAGCAAUCGGUGACGCUGGCCUGUGAUGUUGACGGAAAUCCACCGCCGGAAAUAAUCUGGAUUCACGAGGAGUCCAAUCGGGUGGUCUCGACCUCGGCCAACAUAACAAUCGUAGCUUCCCACGAGACGGCCGGCAACUACUACUGCAAGGCGAGCGUGAUGGGAUUCCCGGAGAUCGAGGCAAUGGCUUCGCUGUACCUCAAGGGGCCUCCCUCGAUUCGAUCUCAGCGGCAUCAGUACGGAGUGGUGAACGACAACUCACAGAUUCAGUGCGAAGCCAUCUCGAUCCCAAAGGCGAAACAGGUCAUCUGGACCUACAACGGUUUAGAGAUCAGCAACGAAAACGACUACACCAUCCUGGAAAAUCAUCAACCGGAGGGAGUGCGAUCGACCCUAAUUAUCAACAACAGCCAAAAGCAGCACUUUGGCGUCUACAACUGCACCGUGAUCAACGAGUACGGCAUGGACUCGAUCGAGAUCGAGUUCAAAAUCUCCAAAGAUACAAUAUUACUCCCGGUAAUAAUUUUUGGUUCAAUCGGAGGUUUUGUACUGGUAAUCAUCGUGAUCAUCAUUGCCAUGUGUUUUUGCGUUAAGAAGAGCAAAAAGAAGCUGCCGCCUGCAGAUGUUAUUCCAGAGCAACACUACAUCACCGAGAAGGCAUGCAAGGAGAGUGAUCGCUCUUCCAACGUGAGUGACCUGAAGAUCGACCGGGACCACGAGUAUUCGGAAACUUGUUCCGGUACCGAUAGCAUUGCUACCCGGCUGGCCAUGAACAUUCUGGGAUCGUCGAGUGGCGGCAGCAACAACAGCGGUCAGAACGGAGGCGGAGGAGUUCCGUUAGCUGGACCGGUGCGCAUCCCUAGCGAUUAUCGGUAUUCCGGUGAUUUCACCGAUGGUCUCGGGCAGCUCAAGCUGGGACAAAGCAACGGGGGUUACAUACCGUACACCGAUUACGCCCACGACUACAACAUGCCACUGCACGUCAAUACCAACGGUCAACUGCCAAAUGGGAACCUAAGCCUGACGCGGAAUCGGGUGGAGUUGCGCCAAGAGAACGGACUUCCAAGCAUCGGAAGUGGCAUGGGGACGCUGUCCAACAGUUUGAUGAAUACCUCCCUGAUGACGGCACCGAGCAUAGAUCCUCGGUACAGCGCGGCCUACGGUAAUCCGUACCUGAGGACGAGUACGACCCAGCUGCCGCCUCUGCCGCCGCCAAGUACGGCAAACCCCGCAGUUACGCCAGCCCCUCCUCCGUACAGUGCGGGCCGGAUGCCAAACUCGCUGCUCUCCAUGGGCGUCAAUCUGGGCGUUGGCAAUGGGAUGAACAGCGGCAGCAUAGUGGGCAUCACUUCCGGCUUGACGAGCCCCGAAUCGAUACGAUCCUCGUCCGGUGCCAACACCAGCAUGGACCAAACAUCUCAGGCAAGUCAGCCAACGCCGACGCUCCCUGUCUCGGGAACGAGUCCGGGCCCCGGUCAGUUUAUACUUCCAGCGAACGGGGAUCUACGAAAAGGUGCCCUUGCAACGCACGUCUAGCGCAAGCGGUCCGGAACUAAGUUAUCGUUACUUACUGCCCCCGUAGCUUAGGUGUUUGUGGAACCGCUUGCAUGUGUGUUUUUAAUCUAGCUAUCUCCAGGGAUCUCGAAUGUUCGCCACCCUCCCCGGUCGAGAGCACUCGGUUGAUAUAUUCUUAGCUCGAAUGUGAUACAAAUAAUAAGAUAACAAAAAUUCUCAAAGAUCUUACUCGUUAUAGUUUUAGGAAGAUGAAAUUCCAAUUCACUUAAUCUUGAGUAGAAAAUGAUUUCAAUUGAGUGCACUUUUUUACGCGAGCGUUCGUUUGGAAAAGUGAACAAAGGAUCUCCACGUGGCGCACCCCCAAAAUUCCACCCACUCCCACAAAAUCUAAUUCAGCACACGUAUGUGUUCAGUACCGCUUCAUCCUCCUACGCCAUACCGUAAGAGUUUCCCCUUCCCUCUCCUCUCUACGUCCAUCACCCACUAACAACCGUCGAACAACAAUCUUCUUGUGUAUAAGAAACAGAGAAAAAAAUGCGUGGCCUUAUUAGUCGAAAAAGAGCAUAAAAAUAUCGUUCUAAAAACAAACAUAAAUUGGAUAGCGUUUUUCCUUAAACUUGUUCUUAGCAAAGUCUAUUAUAAACGAAAAUUCGAAAUUUUAUCGUAGCUUAACGGAGAAUUCGGCUUGAGCUUUAAAACUUUUUAGCAGAGAGUGAAACACUGAUAUAGCGAAUCGUUGUAUAUCUAGCUGUAAUCGAAAAUCUGUAAAACCUUUUUAGGAAAAUAACAUUACUGUAUCUACGCAGAGCAUUGUCACACCUACAGACACACAAACACAUAGAAGCAAAAACAAAACAGAAACCAAAUUGGUGAGGAAGAUUUGUAGCUAACACUCACGAGAUCGCGAGCAAGCAACACACAAAGAUAGGACCGCGCUGAUGCUCGCGCGUAUGAGUUUUUUGUUCUUGCGAAUUGUUGACGAUAGGUAAAGUUAUUUUAAAACGAAAGCAUCCGCCUAGGAAAAUCGAAAAAUACGUUGCAUUUGUGGUUUGAGCUUUUCGAAAGUUUUGCCGGUACCCCAAAUUGGAAGAGAUCCUGCCCGAGGAUAUACUUACCUCCUCUAGAGCAUGGGGUAAACAAAAAAAAAAGGCAAAAGCUUUCCACUAUUAGAAACUUCUUUUGCUCUCGCCCCGACUCUUGCGGACAGAAAACUAGCAGACGCUCCCCAGAUAAGAGAUGUGGAAAACGAGAUUUCAUAUACGUAUUAAGCUUACUUUUGCUGCUUCUGUUUUCUGUGCCAAUUCUUCGGAAGUCGAGCCACAGAAAAAUGAGGCGAAAAAAACCCUACAACGGUAACAGCAGAAAAUGGAUCCUUACAUUUUUCUUAACGAAAUAGCUCUCGUUUUCCUGCGAGAAACGCAGCGCAUCUUGAAACCUACCCGGUGCCGUGUAAGAAGGCAGAAAACAACAGCUCGAGGGAAAAGCGAAAAAAAAGAACGCCAAGAAAAUGUUUUCCAUUUGGGGUCGCAGAGCUUGUCACCCCUUUACCAGAACAGUUUCCAUCUCACAGGGUUGCCAGGGGUGGACAUCUGGUUCAGAAAAAAAAUUUCGAGCGACAACUCUACAGAAGACCAAAUCGAAUGAACAGGUGUUUUGAUCACAAGAAUGAGUUUAAAUCAGAAUCAGAAUCAGAAUUCAAAAUCAGAAUCAUAAUGUAAAAGCAGAACUUAGUAUCAGAAUUCGGAAUCUCACUCAGAACUCGGAAUUAGAAUCGAUAUUUUAAAUCACUAUCCAUCAUUAAAAUUUUUAAACAGAACUCACAAUUAGACUCUGUGUUUGAAAUUAAGAAUCUGAAUUCAGAAGCGGAAUUUGGAAUAACUCAGAACCAGAAUUCAAAAUCACAAGCACAAAUUUCAUAUUUUAAAUCAAUAAAACCAAUUUUUUUGUUCGUUAUUUUUGAUUUAUAAUUAAAUGCUGAAUUCAGAACUAAACCCUGAAUUUCUAUGCUUUCGAUGGUCACCCGAUCAUGCUGCUCGAAUUAAUACAUGUAGUAACAGGAAGCAGACGUAGUGGCGAAUCAAGGAAACACCAUCCUGCCAUCUCGUCGCUCCAGGGCGGCAUGCAGGUACCUAGUACAUUAGACUGAGUCGAUUUGGGGUCAUUUUUCUCAAACCCUGGGAUCUUCAAAAUUUUCAAAAUCCAUGAUUUUUUGCUGAAUUUGUAAGGAAAGUUAAACAUGAGUAAAUUUGAACUUUUGGGUUUGUAUGGGAAAAUUGAAUAUUUUGUACUGAAUAAUCAACUUAGUUUUGGAUUCUUCUGUGGAACCAAGCUUGCUUAUGGUUUUUGAGCCAAUUCAGAAAUUCUCUAAAGAAAAUUUUCCGCUGAACAACUUUAUCGAAGACCGUAACUCGUAUCUUAUUAUACAAUUAAGUAAUUAGGUGUUUAAUGGGGGCAUGUCUUAUGGCAUUGAAAAACAAUUCAACUGACAUCACUGCUGCGUGCCUUGCGAGGUAUUGCAUGACUACUUUUCCAGCAAUAUCUCGCGUAGCACCAGCAGUGAUGUCAAAUGAUUUUUUUUGUUUUUCAAUGCCAAAAAACAUACUCCAGUGAAACAGCUAAUAACUUUUUCGCCUAAUAAGAUACGAAAUUCCAGUCUUCGACAAAGUUGUUCAGCGGAAAAUUUCAUUUGAGGAAUUUAUAAAUUGAUACAAAAACCAUUAGCAGGCAUGGCUCCACAGAAGAAACAAAAACGAUGUUGAUUAUUCAGUACAAAAUGUUUAAUUUACCCAUACAAACCUAAAACUUCAAAUUUACUCAUGUAAACGUUACUUAAAAAUUCUGUAAAAAAUCAUGGAGGAGCUUUUUAGACCCCUGGGUAUUAAAAAUUCAAAAAGUACCUCAAAUCGACCCAGUCUACAAGUAAAUUGCUGGAGUUUGUCCGUUUGUCCGCUCCCAGUGAAACCCAUCGGCAGCCCACCCACCCCACGGCGAGUCCUCCCAUCAUCAUGAGGGAAAACGAUUCAAAAUCCUCCACCCACUCACCAUCACCAGCAGCAGCACGGCAUUCCCGCCAGUUUGUAGUUGGAAGAAGAGCGGGUCAAAUGGAUGCAACGUCCUGCGGUGCCGCCCCGGGGAUGAUGAUGUUACCCGAGGGUGGGGGUGGAAGGUCCGGAAAUUGAGAUGAAAACUGACAGUCAUUGCAUUUAAUGGUUGAGAAGCAACGCAGAGCUAUCCCUGCUGCUGCUGCUGCUGCUGUGCUGUAAGGUCGGAAGGCAAACGAAAAGGAAAACAGCUAGGACACAACAUUACAGAGAUGAUUGAGCAGCACCCUUACAGAAUGCGCGCAGUAAGGAACGAAAUAAAAAUGGGAAGCCAACCUUCAGAGUAGGUUCUACGAGGAGUCUAGCUAGAGUACCGUCGACAACUUUUCGCCUCCACCAAGCGGUCGAGAUUGCGAUUGUGUCCAAUAUACCAAAUUAUUUUUUUUAUUACUAUUUAAGUUUUAGCUAUGAAGGCGAUCAGCACGGUAAAAUCGAGCACAGAAUCGUGCAAAGAGAGCAGAAAAAUCCCCCCUCGACUGAUAAGUAGUUAUUCUUUGACAAAGUAUAUAUAUACAUAGCUAGUGGUUUAAGAGUACUUAGUUAAAAUAUAACAUCGUUUUUCGCUAAGCAGAAAGAGAGAAAGUAUAGAAACAAAUAAUAAGAGAAAAAAACCUAAAACAAAGAGAUGAGAAAUAUAUCAAAUCUAUCUAUACAUAUAUAAAGUAGUAUAUCCCAAAUGAAAAAAACGAGCGUACUGAAAUCUCUCUGGAAUUAUAUUGUGUACAUAAUUAAGAUUUAAUUGCGCCAGUCUGAAACAAAAUGAAGAAAAAGCGCAUGUGAGUGUUGAAAGAGAAAUGCAAAUAUAUAUAUUAUUUUUAGCGAGCUGAUUUUACUUUUUAGAUAGUCAAAAACAAAUCUUUGUAAAAAUUCAAACAAGAACGAUAAGUAUAUUUCGGUUAGAAAAUAGACUUCUGUAAAAUCUGUCAAUUGUACAUAGACAACAAAAGGAAAUAUCUCUCUGUAGGCCAUAAGGAUUUGAAGUCAAUUGAUUCUCAUCUAGAUAAAGAAGGAAAAUAAACUAUAAAUGCUGAUUUUA